AUGCGUCUGUUAAAUUUACCAUCUUUGACUUCACGUAUUAGAAGCACAAGUCAAACAACAAUUUACCGUUUAACUUCUACAACUUCAUCGAAAGAAUCAGUUCAAUUGAAUAAUGAAUGGCGAAAACUUGCAGCUAAACAAUUGAAAACAAAAUCUCCUGAAUCGUUAUUGUGGAAAACACAUGAAGGAAUCACAAUCAAACCAUUGUACACAGCAAGUGACAUUAAAAAUUUAGAGAAUGAAUUACCAGGGAAAGAGCCGUAUACGAGGGGACCCUAUCCGACUAUGUACGCUGGUCGACCGUGGACGAUAAGACAAUAUGCAGGAUUUAGCACAGUUGAAGAAUCGAAUAAAUUUUAUCGAGAUAAUUUAAAAGCUGGACAACAGGGACUCUCAGUUGCAUUUGAUUUAGCUACACAUCGUGGAUAUGACUCAGAUAACCCUCGUGUCAGCGGUGAUGUCGGCAUGGCCGGUGUUGCCAUUGAUACUGUAGAAGAUAUGAAACAAUUAUUCGAUGGUAUUCCACUAAAUAAAAUGUCUGUAUCAAUGACAAUGAAUGGUGCUGUAUUGCCUGUACUUGCAAUGUAUAUUGUUGCUGCUGAAGAACAGGGCGCUAAACAAGAAGAAUUACAAGGUACAAUUCAAAAUGAUAUUUUGAAAGAGUUUAUGGUACGAAAUACAUACAUAUAUCCACCAGAACCAUCAAUGAAAAUUAUUGCCGAUAUAUUUUCGUACACGUCAAAAAAUAUGCCACAAUUUAAUAAUAUUUCAAUUAGUGGUUAUCAUAUGCAAGAAGCCGGUGCCACAGCAACUCUAGAAAUUGCGUAUACAAUUGCUGAUGGGAUUGAAUAUUGUAGAACGGGAGUUCGAGCUGGUCUUAAUAUAGAUCAGUUUGCUCCUCGACUAUCCUUCUUUUGGGGUAUUGGAAUGAAUUUUUAUAUGGAAAUAGCUAAACUUCGUGCAGCUCGACGUCUCUGGUCACAUCUAGUAGAUAAAUAUUUUAAACCAAAAAAAGAACAAUCGAAAAUGUUAAGAUGUCAUUGCCAAACUAGUGGAUGGUCAUUAACAGCACAGGAUCCAUACAAUAAUAUCAUUCGCACCACAAUCGAAGCUAUGGCUGCUGUUUUUGGUGGUACACAGUCAUUACACACAAACUCAUUUGAUGAAGCAUUAGCUUUACCGUCUGUAUUUAGUGCUAGAAUAGCUCGUAAUACACAAAUUAUAUUACAAGAAGAAACAGGAAUACCGAAUAUAAUUGACCCAUGGGCUGGCUCAUAUGCAAUGGAAACUCUAACAAAUGAACUGUAUGAUGAAGCAAUGAAAAUAAUUGAAGAAAUUGAACAGAUGGGUGGAAUGUCAAAAGCAAUUGUGGCUGGAAUACCGAAACUAAAAAUUGAAGAAUGUGCUGCUAGAAAACAAGCACAGAUAGACGAUGGAAAAGAAGUUAUUGUUGGUGUCAACAAAUACAAAUUAGAGAAAGAAGAUAUCGUUAAAGUUUUACAAAUUGAUAAUACAAAAGUGAGAGAACAACAAAUAAAUAAAAUAACGAAUGUUAAAAAACAACGUGAUCAAUCAAAUGCCGAUAGAACUUUAGAACAGUUGACAGCCAUUGCAAAGGAUGGCUCAAAGGGCAAUUUACUUGAUGCAUGUGUACAAGCAGCCCGAGCAAGAUGUACAUUAGGUGAAAUAUCAGAUGCCAUGGAAAAAGUGUUCUUGAGGCAUACAGCUGAAUCAAAACUUGUUUCAGGCGCAUACAAAGGAACAUUUAAUGAUAGUGAUCAAGAAUUGAAAAUAGUCAUCGAACGAAUAAAUAAAUUUUCAAAAAUUGAAGGUAGACGACCACGAAUAUUAGUGGCAAAAGUUGGACAAGAUGGGCACGAUAGGGGAGCGAAAGUUAUUGCAUCGGCAUUUAGCGAUGUUGGAUUUGACGUUGAUAUUGGACCGUUAUUUGCUACUCCCGAUGAGGUUGUAAUGCAAGCAAUUGAUGCUGAUGUUCAUGUGGUUGGUGUCAGUACACUUGGAGCUGGUCACAAAACUCUUGUGCCUGAAUUAAUUCAGAAAUUAAAACAAUUAGGGAGAUCGGAUAUAAUUGUGACGGUUGGUGGUGUAGUACCACCUCAAGAUUAUGAUAUGUUACAUCAGAGUGGAGUUAAAUGUAUAUUUGGUCCAGGAACGAGAAUUCCAGAAGCGGCAUUAAAAGUAUUAGAUGCUAUUGAACAAGAGCAACAAAAUAAUAGUGGAACAGCAAAGCAAGCACAAGCACUUUGA